UAACACUUUGAAAUUAUGUGAUCCUGGCCCCAAAGAGGCGCAAUGGGGUCGUUGCUGGAAGUACCCUCCGGGCCUAUUGUCUAUCUUCGAGGACGACAAUCACAGAUCCACAAAUUUCGGAUUAUCUACUUCAUAUCUUGUCCCUCUAGGGAAUUGGGAUCUGAUGUAUUCUCCAUUUUGUGUAAACGACCUGCCAACAAUGGGCUACGACCAUAUCACGAAUCUCGCCGUCAUUGCAUCUUGUAAAGAUGCGUGAAUCUGUUCAGGCUGCCUCACGUUGCCCAGAAUCGAAAGUGUCAUCCUCAUUAUUAGGUACCGAGUAUCUCUAUUACGUAUCGAUGUUUAAGACCUCCGACAUAGUUUCGCUGUUUUUUUGUCUUUUUUUUUUUUUUUUUCCGCGUUUUCGAGAAAUCACUUCUCAAGUGAUGUACAGCUCCGCAUGGGUACACUAUGACUGUACGGUGGUUAAACUACAUCCGUAUGUCUAAGAUUGCGCGUGUUGAGUGCACCCUCUAUAAUUUUUCUCAUUCAGUGCUGCCUUGUAAGUUCAGAACAUACAGGUUUGAUGGUGAUGCUACGCGCAAAUGCUUUAUCGACAAUCCGCUUUCUCUCUUCUUCUCCCUUCCUGUAAGCUUGUACGCAGAUCUCCAGGAUCGCUUCAACCCUUAAAUUGCUGCGAAAAGCUUGCGAUCAUCGUGCCAUAUCGGAUUGGGCGCUCUAGAUCUGGUGGCAUCUAACCAGUGAUCCCCAGUGUCAUUUUUCACUCGGUUCCCUCCCCGCUCCCUCGAUCUCACCAUGUGAGCUCUCAGCUCGAUUCGUGUUUGCCAGCAUACUCUCCAGAUGCUACUUCACCCCUCCGUACAUGCAGGUUUUGGGGCUGAGCAAGAAUCCUGUUUCUAGUAUACGCAAUCCAAUCAACGAUAUC